AGUGCCCGGGCCCGGGGCGGCCCCAGAGGCAGGCGGUGCAGCCGGAAGAUCCCGCCCCGGUGGGGGCGGCACCGGGCGCGGCACAGGGCGGGCUGUCCCUUCGCGCUCCGCGCCGCCAUGGUGGGGAAGGCCAAGCGCCCGCGGCUGCACCGCACCGCCCCCCGGGCCUGGUCCGCCCGGGACCUGCCGCCGCUCCCCGCGCCCGAGCCGGGCCCCGGCCCCGGGAAGGACUGGGACUUCUCAUCUUCUGAUGUCUUUUCUGGGCUGAAGAUUGACCCUGAUACCCUGGUCAAGAAGCUCGACUUGGACUCCAGAAGCAUCAUUUCCUCCAGGACAGAAAUAGAAAGUGUGAAGAUAAUGAAGCAGAAGCAAAAAGCCGAAGCGAAGCGAAAAGCAACACCUGUGGUGGGAGACAUGCAGCCCUUGAUGGAAGCCCUACCUGAGCUCUCUGACCUGACCACAGGUGGCAGGGGCAGGAAGCCAGUCAAGAGCCAUAUAGCAAAGGCAGAACCAUCAGACUUCUGUCUGAUGAAACAAGCUCAGAAACAUCGGCUCCUAGAGAAGGAAGAAGCCACAUGUGAGCAGAACAGCUGCUCAGUGCUGCACCUGGAGCCCACGGUGGGCAUAGAAGGGACGUGGUAAUGUGGAUGUCACCAUCCAAACACUCUGGAGAAAUGGGUGAGAAAGUAGAGUUCUCAGCACGAAGUUUUCAUAAUACCAAGGUGGUUGGUGCAGCAGCACAUAUCCAGGACCAGAGGAAAUGGCCUCAAGCUGUACCAGGGGAAGUUUAGAUUGGAUAUUGGGAAAAAUUUCUCCACUGAAAGGGUGGUUGGGUAACCUCAAAGGGACAGAUAGCUGGGAAAGUUAACAUUUCUCCUUGACUAGUUGAUAUCUGUGGUCAGCUGUGGCCAGGAAUGAGACUUUGGGACAUUUUCUGCUAUGAAGUGCAGAGAGGAGUGAUACCGUGCUGCAGGUCUGAAAAAUCACGAAAACUGGGAAGAGCAAGGCCAGUGCUGCAUUCUGCUGUGUUCUGCAGCAUUCCACAGGCUUAGCUUGGUUCGGGAUCUGCAGAUGUCUUUAAACUGCAAUGAUCUGCAAUGGUUUUAAACUGAGAGUAGGUUUAGAUUGGAUAUUGGGAAGAAAUUCUUGGCUGUGAGGGUUGUUAGGCCCUGGCACAGAUUACCCAGAGAAGCUG